GGAUAAACAAAGCAAAGCCUUAAAAGACCCAAACAGACGGUCCAUAUUAUUCGGCCGUACUAAAUCCUUCCCAAUUCCCCCCAUCUUCACUACCAUUUUUGCUAACCAAAAAAACAAUAGUUAAAAUUUGUCGAAAUACGUACCUCAGAUCGCAACGAAAAUGGCUACUUUGCAGAAAUUCAAGCUUCUCGCAACUCAAUGUGCAGUAGCAGGAAGUCCAACCCGGAGUCCAACAACAAGCCCAGUUAUUCACCUCCGCCGACGGAAGACUCUCCGUAUGCUCCUCAGUCGUAGCAUCGGCGGCGGAAGUGGCCGUAGGCUGCCUCGACGGGAAGUCUGUUCGCCGGAUCGGUUUGUUGGAGAUCGCGAUUCGACGGAGAAGGGGAAGGAACUGGUGGUCAGUCAUAAGCUGAAGGACUUGUUUGUUUCGUCGCCUCCGUCGUUUGCUGAAAAUACGAGACAAGGACUCUCGCCGGCAGCCUCUGGUGCCGGCGGCGGGUUUAGUUCAGGAUCAGCUGUUCGGCGAAUAGGCUUACGCUCGCUUCGGCCGUUAUCAGCGACAUUCCGGCAACGGCUACUGCGGAGGGCUUGGCGGCCUGUACUUGUGAGCAUACCCGAGUAAAUUACCAAUUUACUAGGUAUAUUGUACCUGAUUAAUUAGAGAUAAAAUAAAUACGAGUAGUACAAUCAUAUAUUAGGAGUUAAAACUUAUUAAAUUCUCUCUGAUUUUGUGGCAAAGUAUAUCCAUUUCACAGCUUAAUUCCGUAAUUUUUCCAAUGUUACGGCAAAUUAGCAUGAACAAUGAUCGUAAAUUUGAAAUUUCAUGAAUGACUUUAAUCUAAAAAGUUCACUUUGUAUUUCUCUAAUUUAA